AAUUAGCUGUCAAAAAAAAAAAGGACAAACAAAUUUACUUUAUUAAUUAUACAACAUAAAUUAGAUGCAAUAGCAUGUUAUAACCUCAGCAAAAAUCAAUGGAAACAGAACAACCUAAGCAAAAAUCCUCACCACAUGUGUUAAUCUUUCCUUGUCCAGCACAAGGCCAUGUAAACCCAAUGUUAAAGCUAGCUGAACUUAUUGCAAUUCAAAAUCUCCAUAUAACUUUCCUCAAUACAAAAUACAUCCACAAUCGACUCAUUCAAUUCAAUGAUGAUAUUCAAGAUCUUUUGGAAUGCUAUCCUAAGCUUCAAUUCAAGACUAUCUCUGACUUUCAUGAUGAUGAGGAGAAACAUCCUGGAUUUGGAGAAAAGAUAGGUGAUGUAGUUGUGGCAUUGACUUUGUAUGGUAAACCUCUUUUGAGAGAUGUUAUUGUCUCUGAGAAAAUAAGUUGUUUGAUUGUUGAUGGAAUCUUUGGUGACCUUGCUAUUGAUUUGGCUCAUGAAUUUGGGAUACAAUUGAUUACUUUUCGUACUGUUAGUGCUUGUUGCUUAUGGGCUUAUUUAUGUGUUCCUAAGCUCAUUCAAUGCAAUGAACUUCCCAUUAGAGGAGAUGAGGACAUGGAUCGUAUAAUAAGAAACAUGCCAGGUAUGGAAAACUUGCUUCGAUGUAGAGAUCUUCCAAGUUUCAAAAGAUUAGCCAAAGAAAACGAGCAUAUCGCUUUAGACCAUGUUGUAUUUCAAAACCAACAAUCACUUAAAGCAAAUGCGUUGAUACUCAACACAUUUGAGGAUCUAGAAGCUCCAAUCCUCUCCCAAAUUCGUCUCCACUUCCCCAAACUCAUUAUCUACACUCUUGGCCCUCUUCACCACCACCUCAAUACCACAAAAAAAACAUCAUCAUCUUCAUCGUCAUUCUUCAAAGCGGAUAGAACAUGCAUGACAUGGCUCGAAUCUCAACCGUUGAAAUCAGUUGUAUAUGUUAACUUUGGUAGCAUUACAUCAAUGAAAGGAGAAGAAAUCAUUGAGAUAUGGCAUGGUUUAUUGAAUAGUAAAAAACAAUUUUUGUGGGUGAUUAGGCCAAACAUGGUACAAGAAAAAGGACUAUUAAAGGAGCUUGAGGAAGGAACUAGUAAGGAACAAGGGUUGAUUGUGGGGUGGGUUCCACAAGAGGAAGUGUUGUCUCACAAAGCAAUUGGUGCUUUUUUGACACAUAGUGGUUGGAAUUCUACUUUGGAGAGUUUGGUUUAUGGUGUGCCUAUGAUUUGUUGGCCUUAUUUUUCAGAUCAACAAAUUAAUAGUAGGUUUGUGAGUGAGGUUUGGAAAAUUGGGUUGGAUAUGAAAGAUGUUUGUGAUAGGAAGGUUUUGGAGAAUAUGGUGAAUGAUGUUAUGGUGAAUAGGAAGGAAGAGUUUCUAAAAUCAGCUAUGGAAAUUGCUAAGUUGGCAUGCAAGAGUGUGAGUUGUGAUGGUUCUUCCUACAACAACUUCCGAGAUUUGAUUGAAUAUAUAAGGUCCACUAGCCCAUAAAAUAUGGGAUUUUCCUUAUAAUUCUCCUACUAAAAACUUCUCAUAUUUUUAUAAGUGUGUAACAAGAUCACUAAAAGAAGUAUGUAUUUGAAGUGUAAAAUUUGAUGAUGGUUUUAUAUCACUAAUAAAUAACCAAAAAAAUUUGUGGUCUUUUCAAAUACAUACUUCUCAAAUUAUUGAGGGAACAACACUAAUUCAUUAUGUAUUGAUGAUGAGAUUCCAUUAAUAAUAUGGGGAUGGAGAAAGUAGUCUCAUGAAAUAAUUUGAUUAUUGUCUUUUCUUUUGUAUAUCUUUAUCAUCAUUCGUCAACAUUUCAUUCGUGUACAAUUUGUUUGUUUAGGUAAAUUGGGGUAGUCCAGAUCUAAUUAAAUUUCAUGGUAUAUAUUGUAGUUUUGUAGCUUAGAAAUGUCAUAUUGCUUUUUUCAUUUCGGGAUCUCA